AACGUCACCAAAAACACCACCACAUUCGAAUAUUUCGACAUCAUGGCUACGCCAAACAGCGCCGCAUCUGCUCCCCCAACAGAUGCUGCCAAAGAAAUCCCCAACCUGAGGACGCUGAUCCCCAAGCUAGAGCCCCGUUCUCGCCGCCAGCCCGCCGCCAACCGCACACCAGUCCCCGACACGCCGCCUCUGCCCAACCCGCCAGACCUAUCAAAUUGGACAUUUAGCACACCGACACGGCGCAUCCUAUCACCAAAGGACCAUGAAAUCUUUCUCAAGUCACCCACAAGAGAUCUCAUCGUCGCAUGGGUUUUCGGGCUCGCAGAGUCUGUCGUGGGUACGCCAGAUUCAGACUACUCAGACGCCGACUUUAGCGACCAGAUCAGAGCAUUAGUUGCUAUCCUGGACGAGGCAGAAGAGCUGGCGAAGCAGUCACCUCCGAAUGAACAAGGCGGCUCAAGGUUCGGCAACAAAGCCUUUCGCGGAUUCUUAGACCUUGUUAAGGAGAAGCUGCCCGCCUGGCACAACUCGCUGGGUAUCACAAACCCCGACGCCAUCAACGAGCUUUCCGCAUACCUUAAUCAGUCCUUUGGAAACCGCAACCGUAUCGACUACGGAUCAGGCCACGAACUCAACUUUGCCAUCUGGAUGCUCUGUCUGUACCAACUGGGUGCCGUCCAAAAGACAGACUUCCCCGGCCUCGUCCUCCGCGUCUUUGUCCGCUACCUGCGUCUCAUGCGAACCGUGCAGAUGAUGUACUACUUGGAACCUGCAGGAUCACACGGCGUAUGGGGCUUAGAUGACUACCAAUUUCUACCGUUUCUAUUUGGCGCCUCACAGCUUCGCGACCACAGCUAUAUCACACCACGGGCUAUCCACCACGCCCUUACGUUAGAAGAGUUUGGCGAGGAUUACAUGUAUCUGGGCCAGGUCAACUUUGUCAACAGUACCAAGACAGUCAAGGGCCUGCGAUGGCACAGCCCAAUGCUCGACGACAUAUCGUCGGCAAAGUCAUGGACCAAGAUCAACGAAGGCAUGCGCCGCAUGUUUGUGGCCGAGGUGCUAGGAAAGCUGCCAGUUAUGCAACAUUUUCUAUUUGGUUCGUUAGUUCCUGCAGAAGAGAGCAUGAGCCAAGAAGAUGAGGCGUCCAUGGCAGACGAGGAUGGCGAGCACGAAGGACAUGACCAUGGGGUUAAGGGAUGGGGUGACUGCUGUGGCAUCAAAGUCCCGAGCAGCAUUGCUGCGGCACAGGAGCUUCGCAAGAUGGGCAAGGCAGAACCCCUUCGACGUAUUCCUUUUGACUAAAGUAUAUACAUAAUAAUAAGAAAUAAUCAUAUAAUUAACAAGCUGUUCGUUCAACACUGAUUUCAAUCCUGAUGCUCGGCGUGCCGUUACAAACGUCGUGAGAGGCGCACCAGUUGCGGUAUUCUAACUAUGGUGAUUACGCAUUAUAAUUAUUUUGUCACAGAAGGAAAGAAUUGGAAAAUGUUUUAAAAGAGUACAGCUAGCCC